AUGUCCUCCAGAGUUCAAGAAGUUCAGCAUGCCUAUUCGAUAGCCGGAUUUCUUCAAAUGAAAUAUUUGGGAGGAGCUCUGGCAUUAUGGCGACCACGUCGACGAUUCUAUUUUGCGAUUGACGAGAUUGUGGAAGAGCUUGUUUAUCACAAAUCCGAAGUGGAGUUUUGCGCUCAUAGGGAGCCGCUUGGCACUUUUCCAAUUUCGAGUUCGGUGAUCACGUUGGAUGAGAACAAUCAUUUAGUCUUCAUUUUGCACACGUCUGGCAGAAGCAUCGAGUUCGAAGCAGAUAACCAAGAAUCCUGUCGUGCCUGGUUGAACACUUUUUGUAACCGGUAUUCGGAAGCUGAAAGAGCAAAAUAUCAAAUGAUGACCCAUCGGAAAGUGAAACGAGCCGCUAGCCUCCCAGUGAGUACAGUAAUCCUCUUUGAUUUUCCAUGUUGCAUGUCGAAACCACAAAACUCAGAAUCUCUUUUGCAGGACCAAGAGUCAACACCGCCCGCAACAGAUCAGCAUAUACCAUUCAGAAAACACUCAGUGCCCGCUCGAAACUUGAUGAUAACUCAAAAUUUCAUCAUGCCUCCUCCAGAUAUUGCUGUGAGUUAUUUUCCUUUUUUCACCUUGUUUUACUAUUUGCUCUUCCAGGAAGGCUAUCUGCCGGAUGAGGAGAUGGACGAUUGGGUGACUCAUUGGCUCACAAAUGAGAAAUUUCAAAAUUUCGCUUCUUGUACGGAUAUGACGACACCGACUUCUACUAAUCAGAGCAAAGGGGAUACUUGUAGUGAAAGUGAGAGAGCCGAAAGCGAGGAGUUAGAAUUGCUUCGAGAGGUGACAAACAAUCAGAAGAAGAAAAUUGAGGAGAUGAAGCAUGAGAUGAAUGCGAUGACAAUGCAUAUUGAGCAGAUGAGAAAACGCAAUGAUUCCGGAACAGGAGCUGACCGUGACACCCUAUCAACACAAAACAAAUUUCUCAACUCUGAAAUUCUUCGAAUGAGCGCGAAAUGUGAAAUCUUGUCAAUGCAGAGUAAUGGAAGUAGCAAAGAGAACAAAAGACUAGCCGAGGAACUUCAAUUGCUACGUUGCGACUACGUUUACGCCAUACAAUCUACUAUCAGAAUUCCAUUGCACGAUAACUCUGCAAUGGAUGUGAUGUCUGUAAAGUUGUUGGGAGGAGAUACACACAAAUCUCGUCUCAUCCAACUUAUGGCUGAAGCCCGCCAACACGAUCCAAGUCUUCCGACACUUCAAAGUUUGCUACAAGGCAUUUAUGUGGAUUCAUUUGGAUUUCGAAUCAAUUUCAAAGAAGAACCUAAUGCGCUUCACUAUAUGGCCACAAAGCUCAAUCAUUUCUAUCUGAACCGAUCAAAAUCUGCAAAUGAACACAAGAGCAAUUGGAAGAGGUUCUUGGAAGAAAACGACUUCAUCGAUCUUACUCCGGAGACCAAAGUAAUGUGCAGGAAAGGUAUUCCUAACUCGCUGAGAGCAACUGUCUGGAGAAUUCUUAUUAACCAACAAGUGGAAGAUUUAAAGAAUGUUUAUGGCAAAUACUACUAUCGAAACUUGUGCAAUAUCCAGGGCGGAGAAGAUGAAAAGCUGUAUUCCGACGUUCAUCAAAAACAAAUAUACUUGGAUUUGCUGCGAACAAUGCCGAACAACGUGCAUUUCAUGAGCGCAAACAGCAAAGGGAUCACUCAAUUAUUACAAGUCCUUCACGCAUUUUGUCUUCAUAAUUCUCAAAUUGGAUACUGCCAAGGAAUGAACUUCCUAGCAGCCACUGCAUUGCUGUUUGUGGGUCCAGAAGAUGCAUUCUGGUUUUUGAUUGCUAUCACCGAAAGAUAUUUUGACAAAACUUAUUUCGAUAGCAAUCUAACCGGCGCCCAGGCAGACCAAGAAGUGCUCAAAAAUCUUCUAGAAGUUCAGCACCCAAGAAUCAUGACCCAUUUGAAAAGUUUAGAGAUUGAUGUCGCAUCAUUCACAUUGAACUGGUUUAUUGCCUUGUUCUUUGAUUCUGUCCCAUUUAAUGUGAGAAUUACAAAUAUUGAGUGGAAAGCGAGAAAAGUUCAUUUUCAGACAUUGUUGAGAAUCUGGGACUGUUUUUUGUUAGAGGGACCAAAGGUGCUCUUCCGUUUUGCUCUUGUGUUAAUUGGCAAGCAUGAGGAAGAAAUCAUCAGUAGAACAGAUACAAUUGGGAUAAUGAGAGUUUCCAAAGCAGCGUCCAAAUUGGCAUAUGAUGAGGAGGCAAUAGUGAAUAUGGCCUUCCAUAUUCAAAACCUUCCGACCCGGGGCGAACUGAAGAGUAUGCAACAACAAUAUGUUAGUUUGUUAGCGGAGAAGCUGGAGAAAAAGACCAAAAGAGCAAAUGAAUUCGUGAAAAGCAUUGCUAGCAACUUGUCGAAUGAGAAACUCAUAUCAAACAUUUUUAUCGAUCAGUUUACUCCGAAUACAGGCUUCAUAGUUUCUGGUCACCAUCUCAUGGGGAAAAUUGCGGCUAUCAAGGUUGUCAAGGACAAGGGAACAAUGAAGGAUAUUGAUGUGGAGUUCGAUUGUCGUGUGAUGUCAAUUUGUAUGGUGCGAAAAGAUAUGGCAUAUGUUAGCUUGAUAUCCGGAUAUUUGAUUGCUGCACAUGUCAGCAGUGACAACGAAUGGAGUAUUCUCUGGGAACUGAAGCUUCCCGAUGUUGCCACCUUCCUCAUCCACCGAGAGAAUACCCUUUUCGCUGGUCUCGCCAACGGUAUCCUAACAGUGUUUGAAAACGCUGGAGAGCGUUGGCCAACUAGUGUCCAAAUGUGGCACAUGCCGCUUAGUUCCUCUCCGUUGAUGAAUGCAGCAGUUCAUGAUGAUACAUUGGUGGUGGCGACGGCAUGUAAGCUGAUUACACUGGACGCACAGUCGUUGACAAAUCUGUCGACUACACAUGUGGCAUCAUCGAAUGUGGGAUCAGGGGUUAUACAUUUUGACAAGAUCACCUGCAUGUCGGAAUCGAAUUUCGGUAUAUUUUUGACAACCGACCACUCGAAUUUGAUUCAAUUAUGGCAAGACACCACUUGCAAUCUCCUUUACGAUAUUUCUUUUGACCACAAAACAAGGAAACCAUCUCUAUCGGAAGCCGAUAAUAGUAGCUAUGUAGAAUCAAUGCUUUUCAAUGAUGGCAUUUUAUGGUUGGGCACUUCGGAUGGGUACAUUUUCAUUUACAAUGUAGAUAAUGAGAGAGGGAAAGAAGAGGUCAAGUACAAACUGAAAAGAUUCCCGGGAGACAAGCGGAACAGUCGAAGAGGAUCUUCGGCCAGAUCCCAACGCCUUGGCUCUCUUCCAGAAGACGAUGACGAGAGUGACGAUAGUAUUCCAACAUUUUGUACCGAGAAACGGGCUAGUCGGGUUAGCAUCAGCAUAGACAGAGAGACACAACAAUAUAGUGGUAAGGGGCGCUUUGUUUUCUUCAGAAAAAAAUCGAGAAUUUCAGUAGCUUCAUUCCAACAAAACAAUAAUACAGAAGAGCAAGAUUUCCCAGGAAGCAAUUCGAGCAGAUUGAAUAGUACCUCUUCCAAAACAAUGCGUUUCCCAAUGAAAAAAGGGUUCAGUGCAGAUUCAGCAGUAUCGGUGUUCAGUUCGGAGCCGAAUGAGUUGAUUGAGAAAAUUGAUGAGAAUUUAUUGCAUGUGAAGAAAGACUCGCCGAGAUUCAGGGAUAAUAGAUUCUUCAGUUCUACAAACUCCAGUUGUACAUCCAUGGAGUAUGAUGACACAUUUGAAUUGUACUCAGAUGAGGAACGUUCUAGAAGAAAAGUUGCAAUUCAGUCUCACAAAAAAUUGAGUGGUAGGAAUUGUUUUCAUUUUUGCAUUUGCCACAAAAAACUACUUUCAGUCAUUCCCAAACACGUGAACCUUCAUCGCAAAGACCUCACAUUUGAUGACCCUUACGUUGUUCCAAUACGAGAAAGUGCUGAUAAAGAAUUAUCGAACGAUGUGGAGGACAGUGCAGUGGUCUCCAGCGUCAAAUUGACACUGUUUAUGAAGUUGAAAAUAUCCGAAACUUCAGUCAGGAAGAUAAUUUGUAGCGGCGAAAACCAUAUCCUCACGUGCUCCGGGGAGUUCGGUGCAGAUGAAGCAGUGCUACUGUGGCGCAAGGACCUCACAACGAACCUUUGGAUAAACGACCCUGUGCUCCACGAAAACCAAGCUUCAAAAACCAACAACUCCACUCCGUCUUCUGUUGGGCGUUCCUUGUCCUUCCGAUCCAAAUAA